AUGGCUUCCAAGAUCGAAAAGACCCUUGCGCGACAACGCGAGAAGAUCGCAGAAGGCCAAUUCUACGAAGCCCACCAACAACUCCGCGUAAUCGCAUCCCGUUACACCAAAGCCUCCGAUUGGGCAUCCGCAACCUCCAUCCUACACUCUGGCGCGCUGUCUCUCCUGCAAGCAGGUCAAGGCGGUUCCGGCGGCGACCUAUGCAUAUUCCUCCUCGACGUAUACAACAAGGGGGAGGUGAAGGUGGACGCCGAGAGCAAAGGACGACUACUAGGCCUUCUACGCGCGUUUCCCAAGGAUGAGCCCACAAAGAAGAAGUUCGUGGGCGAGAUGGUAGCAUGGAGUAGUCGAUUCGGCGAUUAUCCCGCCGGCGACCCAGAGAUACACCAUGUCGCUGGAGGACUAUACGCUGAAGACCUCGAACCCUACGAAGCAGAACGUCACCUCCUCCUCGGCACCCAAGACUCCGCCUCAACCCUCUCCUCCCUCCACUACUCCUGGUACACCUCCGACGCACCCCACACCGCACCCCUCUACCUCGCCCGCGGCACCCUCCCCUACCUGCUCACAGGAAACCUGCGCGCCGCAAACAAACACUACCUCCUCUUCACCUCGUCCCUGCAACGCGCGCCGAACCCGCCCACGCAGCCCGUCUCUACAAAAGCCUCCGACUUCACCGUGUACCCUUCGUUACCGCUGUUGAAUUUCUUGGGGCUACUGCUUCUGAGUGUGGAGCGCGGGGAUCCGAGUUUGUGGCGGCAGUUGAAGAGCCAUUAUGCGGGGGAUCUGAAGGAUGUGAAUUGGGGGGAGGCGUUGGAUCAGGUGGGCGAGAUGUAUUUUGGGAUUAAGAUUCCGAGGCAGGGGAACCCGAUGUUUGAUAUGCUUGGGAGUAUGUUUGGGGGUGGGAUGGGGGGUGGUGGUGCGCCGGCGAAGAAGGCUGUGGGUGGGAGGCCGCCGGCUGCUGGGCUGGAUUGA